CUCGGCUUGGCGGCGCGCUGCGCUCCCCCGGCUCGAUCGAGUGCGCUGCUCUCCGCUGAGCUUGCCUAGGCUGACAAUGAAUGGCUGCUGCUAGUGCUGAUCGGAGGGCGAGGGGAGCAGAGCCCCUCCGUUGAGCAAGAUCUUCCCUCCCUCCCCUUCUUUUGCACAGAGGCCCUGGAGAUCACACUAUCAAAAUUUGGCAGCUAAGUAUCAAAUUGUGGAGAUGGAAAGAAAGAAGAACAGAAAACCAAAGAAAAAGCGUACCUAUCUGGGUGAGGAGGAGACGAAGAGGAUGGCUCAAUUUCUCCAGAUGGAGAUCCCCAACUUUGGUAAUAGCAUCUUGGAAUGCCUGAAUGAGCAGCGGUUACAGGGGCUAUAUUGUGAUGUCUCAGUGGUGGUGAAAGGCCACGCUUUCAAGGCACACCGGGCUGUGCUAGCUGCAAGCAGUUGUUACUUCCGGGACCUUUUCAACAAUAGCAAGAGCACUGUGGUGGAGCUUCCUGCCGCUGUGCAGCCUCAAUCCUUUCAGCAGAUCCUUAGUUUCUGCUACACUGGCCGCCUAAGCAUGAAUGUGGGUGAUCAGUUUCUGCUCAUGUACACAGCAGGGUUCCUGCAGAUCCAGGAGAUUAUGGAAAAAGGGACUGAGUUCUUCCUGAAGGUCAGCUCACCCAGCUGUGACUCGCAAGGCCUGCACACUGAGGAGGCGCCUUCAUCUGAGCCACAGAGCCCUGUGGCACAGACAUCUACCUGGCCUUCUGGCAAUACGCCCUUACCCCUGGUCUCUCGUGUAAAGACAGAGCAACAGGACUCAGACUCUGUCCAAUGCACAUUUGUGGUUAAGAGGCUGUGGGAAAGCAGCCAGAAGGAAGGGAGUAGUGGCGGCAGUAAUGGCAGCCGCAAAAUGGCCAAGAUCUCCUCCCAGCAAGAGUUGAGCGGGGGGAGCCGGCAGGUUCAGCAGCAAGUGCAACAACAACAACAACAACAACAGGUCCAGCAGCAACAACAGCAACAGGCUCAGCAGCAGCAGCAGCAACAACAGGCAGCACUAACGGGGGGAGGUGGAGGGGCAGGCGUGGUCAGCGGCCCCAGUACUUCGGAUCAGACAAGCCCUGGCACCUCCAGUGCCUACACCAGUGACAGCCCCAGUUCCUAUCACAAUGAAGAAGAUGAGGAGGAAGAUGCACCCGAGGAAGGCUCCGAUGAGCAGUACCGACAAAUUUGCAACAUGUACACAAUGUACAGCAUGAUGAAUGUAGGGCAGGCGGAAAAAGUAGAAGCCCUGCCAGAUCAGGUGCAGUCAGAGUCUCGUAACCGGAUACGAGUGCGACAGGACCUAGCUUCACUGCCUGCAGAGCUCAUCAAUCAGAUUGGAAACCGAUGCCAUCCAAAGCUGUAUGACGAGGGUGAUCCAGCUGAGAAACUGGAACUUGUGAUAGGAACUAAUGUGUACAUCACUCGGGCACAGUUGAUGAAUUGCCAUGUUAGUGCUGGGACACGGCACAAAGUACUUCUCAGGCGGCUACUAGCAUCCUUUUUUGACCGGAACACCCUUGCCAACAGUUGUGGCACUGGAAUCCGUUCUUCCACCAAUGACCCCAGCCGGAAACCUCUCGACAGCCGAGUGUUGCAUGCUGUGAAGUUUUAUUGCCAGAACUUUGCCCCAAACUUCAAGGAGAGUGAGAUGAAUGCAAUUGCUGCUGAUAUGUGCACAAAUGCACGACGUGUUGUCCGUAAGAGCUGGAUGCCUAAACUGAAACUACUGAUGGCUGAAGGCGACGCCUACACAACCUUCAUCAAUGACAGUGGCAAAAUGGAGCCCGACAUCAUGGGUGUGGAGCACAAUUUUGAGACCAGCAGCCAUGAUGGGGAUGCAGGCACCUCAGCCGAAGGCCUCCAAUGAAGUGUGCCCACCUCUUUUUCCAGGCAAUGGUUUUUAAUUUCCUAAUUUGAUCUCUCUCUUUUUUUUUGUUUUUUGUAGAAUCAUUUUCCACCUUUUCUCAUUUUCUUUUUAUUAUUGUUGGUUUGUUUGUUUGUUUUGUUUUGUUUUGGCCGAGGGGAAAGAAAGCAUUGUGCUAUCUCCUUUUUUAAAACAAAGGUUCUUAAAUAUUGACCGUUCUUCCUCAGGCACUACAGGUAGUUUGAGCUCAGCUGCCGCUGUUGCUACUGCACUGGCAGUUCCAACUGGCAUUUCUCCUCUCCCAGCCCCUUCUUUCGCGACUGUUUUGACAAAAUAUUUUAGUGGGAGGAAAAAAACAACCAAAUCCACUUGCAAAUACACUAAGGAAGUAAUGUAAUGUCCAGAACGCUACCUGUUCUUUCAUCAUAUUGUUUGUUGUCUCCAGAUUAACUGUGACUUGGCUGUAACUUGGACUGACCAUUACUAAGUCUUUCCUUUCUGGAGAAUGGGGAAAUAUUGGGCUUACAACAAACACGAGCAGGAAAAUUACUGAUCCUAACAUUCUUGGGCUGUCACCGUUGCUCUUCUCAGUUCCAGUUCUGCCCCUCCCCUUCCAUUUUUGCUUUGCUACACUUAGGUUUUAGGCAGGGAGACAGAUUCUUUCCUUUCCUUUCCUUCUUGGUAUCCUCACAACUUAAGUAUAUUUGCAUGCAUGCACACUAAUGUCUGCUUUUAUGCCUCUGAACCUAUGCACUUUCUCCAACUGUGACACACACUGAUCUGUCCUGUCAUUCGGACCACUCUAAUCUCCUGAAUUAAUUCAUCACGUAGGACACUAUGCUCGUUGGGUUUUUAUUGGCUCAGAGCCAACACAGAAAACACUGAACUUAGUGCUGAAAUUACUACUAUCCUGUAACAUAGUCUUCGUUUCUUCUAAGCCAGUUUCUUCUCUGAAGCGCUUUCUUUUAACACAAAAUGUGUCUGCAGGUUACUCUGUUUUCAGGCAGUUUGCAAUAUCGGACAUAUAAUCCAUGCAGUCUACAUAGGGCUCUUUCUCUAGGAGAUAAUAGUAACAGGCAUAUUUAUCUGUCUAACUACUGCCAUAACUGGAAACAUCUUUAGAAUUCACUUUUAAAAUAUUUUUCACUAAAGGAUCAUUCCUCUCCAGUACAUGCUUGUGGAUUAGGGAGCAGAAUAAGAAAUUCUUACUCAGCCUUUUCUCCCACUUCAGGUAGCUUGCCAUAGGCAAGCAUCAAGUUUACAAAACGGUUUUUGAUGGAUGAGACAAAGGCAAGGAAGAAAGCAUCACUUCCUUCAUCCAACCAGUGCUACAUGUUCACACCAGCACGUGUGGAUAUUUCAAACCAGUCCCCAGCUCCAGAUAGCUGGAAAGAAUCUUUAUUGAAUGGUUGUAAAACUCCAAAAAGUAACUAACUACAAUAUGAAACCUUUUGUUUUUCCCCACUAAAGGCCAAUUUCAUAUUAACGUGGCUCCUGAGUGGUGUUUGACCCAGAAUAAAGGACUGCUGGUUGGAUUCCAUCUUGAGAUGGAAAGUAAAUAUGUUAAGUGGGCAAACCAGGGAUUUUCGGAAAUCUUCUCUCCUGCCUUUUCAUAUUUCUGCUGACAGGAUUAAGGUAAUAAGUCAUACUGAAAGAAUCUCUCUCUUCCUUGGGAAUCCUGGAUACUGAAGUAGUCAUGCUUGAUGGCAAUGCUUUAUUCCUUCCAGGAAGAUAGCUGUGCCAAACAAUCCUUUGUGUGUUCAUGAUAGUUGUUGGCCAGACACUUUCUAAACCAUCCUUUGAACCAAUUAAACCAUUCUCCCCAACUGGGAAAGGCCAUUGGGGGUGGGGGGGCAGUGUCGGGAGAGAUCUAUUUAAUAAAGGAACCUAGAAUUGGAAAUCUUGAAGGAUUUGUCUCUCUAUGAAGACAAAUUCAGGGCCUGAAUGAUGUUACAUUUUUCUCCAAAAAAGAUUACAAAAGACCGAGCAUUUUAAAAAUAACUCCCACAAUUUAAAAUUCUUCCAAAUAAGACGGGAUGGGAUGACAGUAUCCUGGAUUCCAGUCUGCCCAGCAUUCUGAAAGUUGAAGUUCUAACCUGUUAGACCAGUGACAAUUUUACUGGUAUCUGAAGGUAUUAACCAGUGUCAAUAAUGUCUCCUAUGAAUUUAUCUGUAAACCAAACCAAAACUGGUCUGGAAAAAGUUUUCCUUUUCCAAAGAAAGCUCAACAGUUACAGCGGAGUCUCACUCAUUGUCUGUCUGUAAAGAGAAACAAGAAAGCUAUAAUUUUUUUUUAAAUAAUGAAACCACCUAACUAUACUGGUUGUAUUUCAGCAGGGGUUUCAAAUUUUAGAUUCAACCAGUUUUAGCCAAGGGGAUGUACAUUUACUUUGCAUACAUACAUUUGUACAUACGUGUGUAUGUUCUUUAUCUGGAAAGACCUCAAAAUCAGCCUAGAUCUUAUUUCAGAGAUACACACAUUCAGGUCCUGGUUGACAAGGGGAGGCAAUUUUCAUGCCAUCAUCUAGUUCCAGAGAAUUCCUAGGUACAUUUUAUGUUUGUAACUGGGGAGAAACACAUUUCUAAAUAAUUUCAUAAAUUGAUACAAUUCUAGAUGAAUUUCACUUGUGUUGAUACAUAUUCCUAUUCUCUAGAACACUUAAGAACGCCAUACUGAGCCCACUUAGCUGGAAAUAAGUGUGAAUAGUGCUGCUGGCUGAGCAUAAUGAGAACUUUUUUGCAUACCUUGAUGGAACAUUCGCCUACCAUCUGUGUGAAUGUGAAUGUGAAUGUACCAGUCUUGCCUCAGAAGUCAUGUGGGUGGCUUUCUCCCCUUUUAAUAUACUUCAUGUGCAUGUCCUACUUUGCUCAGAAAAUAGCUGCUUUGUACUUCAAGGCAUGUUGCUGGGUUUUUUUGGUUAGAAUAGGCAAUCUCGUUCAUUACUGACUUUGGUAAGUUCAGGACAUUUUCUAACCCUGGUGGGGAGGCAAAGAGAAAGACGAGUACUGAAUCUAAAAGAGGUGGAAAGUAAUGUUCGAAUUGCAAGGAGAUCAUUGUCAGAUUAUAAACUGAAACAGCCAGAGGACCUGGAUUCCUUGACUGCCGAUCCAGGAGACUGCAGCUGAUUGGAGAUGUUUUCAGAAAGGUGAUUAUCCCAGCUUAAAUGUAGGUAAAUCUGCCUAAUAAACCUAAGGUAUUAAACAUAUUUCCUUCUUGUAACUCCGCUAAGGAAUCCAGAGAUUACAGUUUUCGUGAAUUUGCAGAUGCCGCAGUUCUGUUUCAUCUGUCUUUCUCAGAAUUAUAAUUCAGGUGCUGCUAGUUUUAGAAAUCCAGUGAUACUGUGAGCAUUUACUUUACUAUAAAAAAAAAAAUGUGGCUCUUCCAAGAUCUCAAAACUUAAUUAUCAACAUUAACUCCAAUUCACACUUCACUGCUUUGACUUUCUUCCAGGUCCUCUCUUCCUAGUUUAUUUUAUGCAGGUGAGGUUUGUUUGUUACUUAGGAUGCAAUUUACCCAGUGCUUCUAUGGUACUAUGGUCAGUUGUAUAACAAACCCCACUCACUUCACCUCUGAUUAGUAUUUUUCCUGAAGAAAUGGAAGAGACAGAAGUUACCUUUUUAAAAAUCAUUUUCUAGAAACCAAAUAGGGGUAUAGCUCAUUAUUUUCUUACACUACAAUAAUUUUUAAUCAUGUUCUAGUUGAAAAAAAGUAUGUAAUGGAUGAUGUUUAAAAGGGAGGUAAAUGAUUCAAAAAUUUGUUGGUAUACUGUGUGUGUGUGUGUGUGUGUGUGUGUGUGUGUGUGUGUGUGUGAAUUAUAAUAAUAGGCUCCACCUCAACUCUCAAAUGGUUUUUGGGGAAAAAUUAAUCAGCUGUCACUUUUGAAAACUGGCCUUGUUUAAAUCAUGGAAAGAAUAUGAGCAUUGGACAAACAUUGUAUGUUUAGCUGGAUUGCAAGAAAAAGAAAACUAGGUAUCUAAUCAAGAAUGCAUGUGCAUUGUUGAGGAGUAUGCCCACCUGCCUCACAAUUAUAGGGAUGAAUAUUUCAGUAUAUCAGAGAUACAUAUCCAGGUCACAGUUUUUAUAAAAGAACAACUAAUAUAGAACAGUUGCAUGCACACAAGUUCCUAUUAUCAUCUAAUGCAUGCGCCUAUGUCUCACCCAUGCUGAUGCAUGUAAUAUAGAGGCUGACCAAUUAUAUUUACCAGCUAUUUUUUCAUGAACAUGAAUGUGAUUCUAAUGAACAAACUCUUAAGAUAAAACAGCUGUGGUAGUAAAUUCCUAAGAUACUUUUCCCCAGACAAAAACCAUGCCAGUUUUUUUCCUAAGUCUGCAUUAAUCCUAAUCUUGCCAUUUUCUACAAGUACCACUCAAAUUCCUGAACUGUGGUUUAUAUGCUUCCAGUCAAGCUGCACAGUGGACUCUUAAAAUUCUAUGCCUUUGUCUUUUUUUUCUACUGUUCUCCUUGGCACAGUAUUUCUGAUAGGUUCUCUUCCCUUCGAGAACCACAUAAUGUAACAUUUUUUAUUUGGAAAUGCAGAGGAAUUAAGAGACUGUAAUGGCACAGACUUUUUUGCAUAAAAAUGCAUUAAAUGCAUAAAAGUUCUUUCUACCAUCUUGACCUCCAAACUAAAAUUGGAAGACUAAAUCUUUAAAUUGCACUCUGAGUUGGGGAUAUCUCUAGUUGAACCAGUAAAUAUAACUUUAACUUUACCACAACAUAUUGUCUUCAGUGGAUAAAGUACUAUGAGUAAAAUUGAAAUGAAAUCCAAAUUUCUUCUCCCUACAUUGGUUUUUAAAGCAAAAAAAAAAAAGUUGCAAUGACAACAGUAUUUCUCCGUGUGACUCAGAACAGAAUUUAUUCUCCCUAAUCAGUAAGAGUUUUUCCUUAUAAAAAUGUUAGAUUGGUCUUCUCCAAUUUCCACUUUAAUCUAGCCACUGCACAGGCUGUGAAAAGCUUUCUUAAGUUACCUUUACUUGUUCAGCUGAGUGUGAACUAAGCACUCAUUCAACAUAAAUGUGCAUCAUGCAUUCAUCCCCUUCUCAGUAAUCAUGAGCAAGUUACUCGGCCGUUAGUAAUAAAAUCAUUAGUUUUCAAUUUUGAUAAAGUAAGAGGAAGUGGGAAGAUUAAUCUCCUUUCAACAAUUGGCUUUUCUCAAUAACCCUGUAUGUAGACAAUAGACCUCUUGCUACUAAUAGUGACAAGAGACCAGCUGUUUCCUGUGAGCCAAUUGAUCAGAUUGAUUAAUUAACCAGCAGGAAAAGCAGGCAGGGCUUUUACCAUAGUUAUCCGUCUUACACUGAAGAAAUGAAAUUUAUGAAGAAUACAAUUUUAUCCAUAAAGAUUCAUUAGGUACCUCUUCUUCUGAAGGAGGUUUCUAGUGUCCGGAGCUUCCUCCCACUUUUCUUAGCCUCCAAAGUAACUAUGAUGUUGGGAAAGGUCAAAUAGAAAGAGUUAAUAAGAUUUGGAUCUUAUUUAGUAUUUGGUAGAUCAUAAUUAUCUGAUCUGUCAUGGCUCCAAACUGGAAAUAACAUUUAAAUUAUGAAGAGUAAGAGUAACUUGCACUGGUAUGAAACCAGUUCUGGGGGCAAAAUAAGAACAGGAGGCCUAGAUCUAUGUCCCCACCCCCCACCGCAAUUACAUUGGCCUCUUGUCAACAGAACAUAAAAGCUUAUGAAGCCUCCAAGAUCAGAGCAAUCCAUUAUUGCAAAUAAAAUUACAUUCAUACAUUUGUCAAAUCAGGGCAAGUAUAACUAAUACAUAUUCAGAGGCAUCCAGAACUUAAUGUUCAGCUGAUUUACUUUAUCUAGAAUGCUUGCUUCUCGUUCUUUUACCCAAGAUAGAGCUGUUGAUAUGUUUUGUAGCAUCAUGUGCAUCACCACAUCACUCACUGGUAGAACAAACAUUUUGCAGUCCUUGGUACUUCAACUUUGAAUUGGGAAAGACAGUUCUGGGCAAGGUGCACUCAAGAUGUGACUCAGGAGGCAGCAAUUUAUGUCUCUGUCCUUAGUCACCUUAUUAUACUUGGGUGGCCUUAUAAAUGAAAUAAAUAAAUUGGUGUGAGCCCAGCCUUUGAAACUGACAAAGUGACAAAAUGGGAAUUAAAGCUGAAUCUGCUUUAGGAAAAUGACGUUUUUGAGGAAGCGUCCUGACAAAAUGAAAUAUAGGUCAACCUUUUCUAUCCCACUUCCUUCUGACCAACAAAUUUUGCACUGACUUUCACCAUUAUACUUUGGGAGAACUCUGAAAUCUGUUUUGAGUUCCGAGAGUGAGAGAGCAAGAGAAGUGUAGAUUGCACAUUAGCCUUGGCAUUUUUUAAUCUUAGAGCGAAGACCAGUUUUUCGGAUGGGAGAGCAAGGUGGGGGGGGGAUUGUGCAAUAUUAGUGGCACCUACUGAGGAAAGGCAGCCAUUUCUUGCUGUGAUUCUUAGGGUGACUGGCUUAUUCUAAGAAAAGAAAGGCACCAAUUUCAAGUGAAAAAAGAAGAGCAUAGACACUAUUCCUUUCUUGUUUACAUACUUCAGAGUCCAUUAGGGCUUUUGAAUAGAUGCCAAGGGGGUGUGUAUAAACUGGUGAAGUAAUUCUGGUGGAGCAUAACCAUAACAUAAUUUUAUUUACACUGGAAGACAAUUUGAAUAGUAUCUUGCCAUUCAUGUUUCACAUGUGAUGGCCCUUUAUUUUAUUGGCAGCAGGUGUGAUCGACCUUGUAGGAGAAAAAGAACAAAGUUGUACAUUGCUUGCUUUUCCCACCAGGAGGCUUAACUGCCUUAGAACCAAAUGUUGCAAAUGUUGUCAGCUGGUCUGUCUUCCAAGGCAGAACUGCCAGGCUCAAUUUCUAAAACUGAGUUACAGGGGAGGGGAGUUCUGAAGUCUGGGCAGACCAAGGGCCUUUGGGACUGUAGUCUGUAAUCAGCAGAGAUCCACUUUGCUGCAAUUCAUAUUCACUGCCUGGUCUCACGGAUGGCAGCUGAAGUAGCCAGGAGGACAUUCAGCACCUACUUUCCGGAACAGGAAGUAUCUUCACCCACUUGGCAUACUUAGGAAAAAUCUGAUGCCCACAUUUAAAUCCCAGAAAAUCUCGGAAAACUCAGCUGGACUCCUCUCUGUUGAGCCUUUUUCCAACCUACUUAGGAAUUUCUCCUAGUGGCAUAUUUGCAUCUUGGAUAUGCUGUUAACAAUGGCAAGAGCAGAAUCCAGAGGGGAUGGGAGGCCUUCUGACUUUCGUUGUAUUCAUUUUGGUCAUCUUUUACUUUUACUUUUGACAUUUAUACGCUGGUCUAGGACUGUAAUAGAUAUUUGAUUUGUCAUUUUUUCUUAACUAAAGCAAACAAAAUCUUUUUUAAAAGGACAAAAAUGUAUACGGAAAGCACUAACAAAGCCUGAUUAUGUAACCUCUGUGCAGAUGCAGCAUGGACUCUUUUUUCCCCCCUUCCAGGCGCUUUGGGUUAAUGCAAGCAGCUACUCCAAUAUAUCAGUACCUCUCCCUUCCCUGCCCCUUAUAAAAACCUUCCAGAGAGGAGAAUCGAUCCUUUGAAAUACAAAAUAACAAUGACAGACCUCCCUUUUCCCACCCACUCAGCCCAUUCCGGGUCCCUCAGCACCCCACGCUUUUACCUCUGAAUUUUCCCCUUUGCCCCCCCCCCUCCAGAUAAUGCCAGUAUUUGUUCUGUGUUAUAAGUGCCAAGAAAAAUUUUGUGACUCCUCAUCCCUGUGACCUGAGAGUAUCAAGAAUUGCACAUUAACUACUGUAAAGAUUUAAAAAAAAAAGAGGAAUUCAGAAAUGUUAAUAAAAAAAGUUUGUAACAA